AAACUAUCCUGAGAACAAGGAAAGGAAACAAUUAUCAGAAUAAAAAACAUGCGUAAAAGCACAAUACUCUCUCUUAGCUUCUUCUGCCUUCUUUUCCUUUCUUCAUCUCUUCUGAGUUCGAAUUCAAUGGAUUCCACAUAUUCCAUAAUAAGCGACAAGCAAGAAAAGGGAAAAUUUAAACCAGAUGAAGACUACCCUGUGCAGAGGCAUGGUUUCUUCUUUGACAGGAAUCAGGACGGCGCAGUUUAUCCCUGGGAGACCUAUCAAGGUUUACGUGCACUUGGGGCUGGCGUGCUGCUUUCUGCUGCGAGUACCAUUUUCAUCAAUAUAGGUUCCAGUCAGAGAACUCGCCCUGGAAAGUUUCCUUCUCUACUAUUCCCUCUUGAGUUGCGGAACGUCGCUCUCGCCAAACAUGGGAGCGAUACCGAAGUCUAUGACGAGAAAGGAAGAUUUAAUGAGGAGAAAUUCGAAAAUAUUUUCCGCGACUAUGCACGUACACAUUCAGAUGCAUUGACAGCAAGUGAACUGAGGGAAAUGCGAAGGGGGCACAAAAAACCUAAAGACUACUUUGGAUGGGUUUCAUCCUGGAUAGAAUGGACAUUAACGCACCAUCUUUUCAAGGACGAACAUGGUUUGCUGAAGAAAGAUACAGUAAAAGGAAUUUACUAUGGAACUGCUUUUGAAGAAAAGGAGAAGGAGUUGAAGGAGAAGCGAAAAACAUCGGCUAAAAAGAAAGCAUCUAUUUAGAAAAUGGCAUAAUCGGAGGAAUAAUACUGUUCGGAUUAGCAGCAGCUGGAUGGUCGUUUUCAGAAUGUUAACGAAUUUGACAAUUGUUGUUGUUGUUGUUUUUUUUUUUUAACUUUCUGUUGUAAUAAUUUAUAAGUUGAGUAAAACUAUUGUGUUUUCCAUUUAUGAUAAAUGAAUAUGAAUAAAACAUAUCUUCUCGUUUA